AUGCUUGGCUGGGUCUCAAGCGCCCAUUUGCCUCUUCACAAUUCAGUCCAAUCAGCCUUAACUGGCAAUAGUGAGGGCGAGGCUGACCUCAGGGGACGAGGCUUGAAUCCCACCAGCCACAAAUCAACUGAGUCAUCCAUCGCUUGGCCGUCGGGUUUCGAACUCACCUCCUUUCGUCACAACCCGACUCACCUUGCACCAUCAAACCGGCCUGGGGCACUGAAGCUUCAGGCUCUCAGCAGGCGUGAACCCAUGCCCGGGUGCAAUAUGCGCUCAGUUGCCCAUUUGCGCGCCAUACACCCUUUUUGCUCCUCUUUGCCCACAUGUCCGUCUAUGCAUGCUAGGGUUUAUGUGCCUUGUUUAGAUGGGCCUGCAGGCAUGCUCACAUGUGGCCAUGCCCUGCUAUGGACCUAG